AUGUUUGCUGCAGCAGCAGGGGGAUCAGAUUCCACCUCUAACACCAACACAGCCACCACCGCUGCCGGAAGCCAAUACUUGACGCCGCCGAUAUCUGGGACAAGCAUCUCGAGUUCGUAUCACCCCCAGUACGGCUACGCAUCCAACAGUUGUUGGUUUGACGCUCCAGCAGCCUACGACCAGAACUCUUCGACGAUAAUUGCCUACACCGAUGAGCAGAUCAACUGUAUUUGCGACGUCCUCCAACAAUCAGGAGAUUACGCACGGCUCAAACAAUUUAUCGAUUCUAUCGGAGAUUUGGGUGCGACCAAUGAGAGUGUCCUCUGCGCGAAAGCAACCCUAGCCUUCAGUGAGGGCAGAUUCGUGGACUUGUACGCGAUUCUCGAGGGCCACACAUUCUCGCCAGCUUGGCACCAACGCCUCCAGAACCUGUGGCUGCAGGCUCACUACACGGAGGAGGAGCGAGUCAAGGGGAGACCUCUUGGUGCGGUGGCCAAGUACAGGGUGCGCCGCAAGUUCCCUCUGCCACGGACCAUCUGGGACGGGGAGGAAACAAGUUAUUGCUUUAAGGAGAAGUCGAGAGCCAUCCUAAGGGACUGGUACACCCACAGGAACGCCUACCCCUCACCGCGAGAGAAACGCGAGCUCUCAGAACUCACCGGCCUGACCACCACGCAGGUCUCCAACUGGUUCAAAAAUCGACGACAACGAGACCGGGCCUCGGAGACACAAACUAGUGGAAACACUUUUAGCCCGCCGGCCAUUCCAUCAGGAGAGGAGCGAGAAAAUGAUGACGAAGAAGGGAGCCUCUCGUCAAUGAAGGACGUGCCGGUGGUGCCACAAGAUACGUCCCAGCUCUACUACCGACCGUCUUCGCCUCUACAGCCAACAAGCAGUGCCAGCCAAUGCGCGCCAACCUGGCAACCAUCGAAGCUGCUGGCGUCGGGUUACUGGUCGCCUACCGCGCCGCCGCCGCCAGUCGUUGACAUGUUCUUCCGGCCAGCUUUUCGACAGCCGCAACCGCCGCCACCACCACCACCAUCGCAACCGCCCUUCCCACCGACACCUUCCGCGUGGUCUUACGAAGAGACCUGUCAGUAUAAUCCGCCCUACCAACCUGAUCUGUACGCGGACCCAAACCUCUACGUGCAGCCAGCAGCAGGAGGAGGAGGGACAAACUGGGAACAGGCAUGCGACACGAGGACGGAAGACGUGGUGGUUUCGGGGCGGUUUCAACUCCAACUAGAGGUCCAGGCUCGAAUCCGGAGGGGGGAGACAGGAGGCGGGUUUUUCGUUCCCCAUAAGGAGGGAACGGGCUACCACCCGAACGGACCCUCCUACGGAGCUUCCUACGGUAGAAUGGCUCAUCAACAACAACCCAACACCAUUUCCCCCUCCCCAUCUUCAUAUAUCGAUUCGCAGUACCGACAGGAGGAAGGGCAGUACGUAGGCAACUGA